GAAUAUUUGACUUGCUGCGGUUCCUGCGAAGUAAAGUACAGAAAUGAAUGAGCUUGAAAAACUGUUAAGUAAAGCUACAAAUCCAGUAUCAGAUCAGUAUAAUUCUGACACCGUGAAUGAAAUUUCAAAGUUAAUUGAUACUCAACCUAAUGGUCCGGUCUUUACUCUUCGUCUUCUUGCGCAUAAAAUCAAGUCUCCACACGAAAAGGAAGCUCUCAGCUCUUUAAUGUUAUUGGAGUCUCUAUCCAAGCGGUGUGGUCCAACGUUUAUAUCGGAACUUGGAAAGUUUAAGUUUCUUAACGAACUAAUCAAAGUCCUCUCACCCAAGUAUCUAGGUGACCAGACAUCUUCGUCUGUAAAAGAUAAAUGUGCUCAAUUACUUCAUAAUUGGCAACGUGAUUUCUCACCAAAUGAACCAAAAUUUGCUGAGGCAUAUAAUAUGCUUGUUCGAGAAGGUAUUAUAAAUACUAGUCAAAUAAUCUCUACUGAUUCUGUCUCAGAGGUUAGUCGCUCCACCUCUUCACUCGCUGACGAUAAGCAAAAUAUUUUUGAACGUAAUAAAAAAUCAGAGCGUUUAACUCAACUACUUCGUAGUCGUAAUCCAGCUGAUCUACGUGAAGCCAAUGCAUUGAUUAAGAGUAUAGUUGAAGAAGAUCAAGUACGUAUGGAAAAAGUAAGCCAAAGAACUAGUGAAAUGGAAGCUUUAAAGAAUAAUACGUUACUAUUAGAAGAAAUGAUUGGUACUUAUUUAUUAGGUGAAAGUACUGGAGCUGAAUUAGAAUUAAUGAAUGAAUUGACACAAAAUAUACGUAGAGCACGUCCAUUAUUGUAUAGUUUUUCGUUAACUCAUGAAGAACAAGAUAUUGAAACAUUGACUGAAAUUGGUCGAAUCUGUGAUAAAGCUAGUAAUGUUCUAGCGCAUUAUGAACAAAAAAUUGCCAAAAUCAAAUCAUCACCAUCCUCGUCCACCUCCUCUUCCUCUUGCUCACCAACAUCAUUGUCUUCCACAACUGCAGCAGAUCAUCAUUCGUGUUCGGCAUCAGCAUCAUCAUCUACGCAUGUUCCUGAUCUUUUAACACAAGAUUUAUUGAAUUUAGGCUUAGUUGAUGACCCGACCCCAUCGAUUGCUUCUUCUCAUUUGAAAACAAACACAUCGGAUGUUUUAUUACUGACCAAUAACAAUAAUUCAUCUGUUGUUAUGAAUCAAAUAACCUGUGCUCCGAUUGAUUCGAAAAGUUCGUUCAGCAGUAACCAUAAUAAUCAUAAUAAUAAUAAUUUGGAUGUUAGAAAAAAGUCAAACUAUGAUGAUUUACACGAUAUUUUUUCCGUAAAUGCAACUGCUACUACUAAUACUACUACUGCGUCAAGUAUACAUCCUACUUCAUCAACAAUCUAUCCAUCAAUAUUUAGUUCAUUAAAUUCUAAAACACCGAAACAAUUCUCCUCUCCUGAACAUGGAUCUACUGUCAAUUCCAAUGUGAAUGUUUUUAGUGAAUUAGAUAGUUUAAGUCGUCAAAUGUUGAAUUUAUCCAAAACCAAUGCUUUGAAUGAUACAAAUUUGUCAAAAUUAUUAGAAAAUCAUUCUCCAAACAAAACAACCAUUGAUCAUGAACUAAUCUCACCACUACCACAUAUUGAUAAUAGUAAUGAUAAUAAUAAUAAUCAUCUUACUCAUCAAUCAGAACAACAACUCACAUCAGAUACAACAACAUCACAAACUUUAAUUGAUUUGAAAUCAUUUGAUAAUAUAGAAUUGGCAUCAGUUCAACCUCAUUCAAUGCAUAAAUUACCAGUAACACUUUAUCCUUCAAUUGAUAAUCAAUCCCAUGAAACAAACGACAAUGUCCAGUUGAUAUUACAUUAUGCCAAUAAUAGACCACAUCCUGAAGUGAUGGUUUUUGUUGCUGUGAUAUCUAGUCAAAAUAGCCAACCGAUUAAUGAUAUCAAUGUUAGAUUUGGUGUUGAAAAACCAUUCAAAAUACGACAACUUGUUGCAUCUGGUCAAAAUCUUCCAGCUUAUUCAGCUUUCCUACCACCGGCAUCAAUUAGUCAAGUGUUAUUAAUUCAUAAUCCAGGCAAAUUAGAAAAGUUCUUAUUAAAAUUUCAAUUGUCAUUCAUAUUGGAUGGUGAAUCGAUUCUGGAAUCUGGGAAAUCUGAACUUGCAUGUGCUUAA